AUGCGUCGCUCUCUUGCGCUGUCCUCGAGGUGGACAGCGAUUCUUGUUGUCAUAUCUGCAUUAUGUUGCCUUUUUAGCCCAGCGAUCUCUGUAAAGCAUGAGAAUUUCAAGACCUGCGAUCAGUCAGGAUUCUGCAAGCGCAAUCGAGCGUAUGCCGACACCGCAGCGGGAACCAACAACUGGGAAGCCCCUUACCGAAUAGCCCCCGAGUCCCUGAGCUGGAAGAAUGGACAGUUACAGGGCUCGAUUCUUAAGACAGUCAAUGCCAAUGGCGAGACGGUCCGGCUCCCAAUCACCAUUUCUUUUCUCGAAUCCGGUUCUGCGAGGGUGGUGAUUGAUGAGGAGAAGCGUCAGAAGGGCGAGAUCGAGCUUCGACAUGACAGCAAGAUCCGCAAGGAGCGGUACAAUGAGGCGGAAUCGUGGGCCAUAGUUGGAGGUCUUGACUUGAGUAAGACUGCUACGGAAGAUAGAGGGUCUGCCAAGAGCCAUGUCAAAUAUGGCCCAGAUGGAAAGUUCGAAGCGGUCAUCACCUACGCUCCUUUCGGAAUCGACUUUAAGAGAGACGAUGCCACUCAGGUCAGAUUCAAUGAUCGUGGUUUAUUGAACUUGGAACAUUGGCGACAAAAGAUUGAUAAGCCCGCCCCAGAAACGAAGGAAGGAGAAGAGCCUUCCCCAACACCAGAGGUUCCAGCCGGGGAAGAUGAGAGUACAUGGUGGGACGAGACAUUUGGUGGCAACACCGACUCCAAGCCAAGAGGUCCGGAAAGUGUUGGUCUUGAUAUCACGUUCCCAGGAUACGAGUAUGUUUUCGGCAUACCUGAGCAUGCUGGAUCACUUUCGUUGAAGGCGACCCGAGGUGGAGAUGGGAAUCACAACGAUCCCUAUCGACUGUACAAUGCUGAUGUUUUUGAGUACAUCAUGGACAGCUCGAUGACCCUAUACGGAUCAAUCCCUUUCAUGCAAGCCCACAAGAAGGACUCCACCGUCGGAGUAUUCUGGUUGAAUGCCGCUGAGACCUGGAUUGAUGUCAUCAAGGAGAAAGAGGCACACAAUCCAUUGAGCCUUGGGAUCGGCUCGAAGUUCGAAACAAAGACACACUGGUUCUCUGAGAGUGGACUCAUCGAUGUUUUUGUGUUCCUUGGACCUACAGCCAAGGACAUUACGAAGGUGUAUGGAGAGCUUACUGGUUACACUGCGCUCCCACAAGAGUUUGCAAUUGCCUAUCACCAAUGCCGAUGGAACUACAACAGUGAUGAAGAUGUCAAGGAUGUCGAUCGAAAAAUGUCAAAGCACAACAUCCCAUAUGAUGUGAUCUGGUUGGAUAUCGAGUACACCGACGACAAGCAAUACUUUACCUGGGACCCUCUGAGCUUCACCAAUCCCACUGGAAUGCUCGAACAACUGGACCAGUCCGAGAGAAAGCUUGUGGCAAUCAUCGAUCCUCACAUCAAGAACAAGGAUGGUUAUCACGUGGUCGAAGAGCUGAAGAAGAAAGAUCUUGCUGUACACGACAAGGGGGGUGGCAUAUAUGAAGGAUGGUGCUGGCCUGGAUCGUCUCACUGGGUUGAUUGUUUCAAUCCAGCGGCCAUCAAAUGGUGGAUUGGUCUCUUCAAGUACGAUUAUUUCAAGGGAUCCGCUCCUAACCUCUUCAUUUGGAACGAUAUGAACGAGCCCUCCGUCUUCAACGGCCCAGAAACGACCAUGCCAAAGGACAACAUCCAUCACGGUGGCUGGGAGCACCGUGAUGUCCACAACAUCAACGGAAUGACUUUCCACAACGCAACCUACCAAGCUCUGCUUGAGCGCAGGAAAGGAGAGAUCCGGCGCCCCUUCGUCCUCACUCGAUCCUUUUACUCUGGCUCCCAACGCCUCGGAGCUAUGUGGACAGGCGACAACCAAGCAAGCUGGGAGCAUCUCGCAGCCGGCUUCCCCAUGAUCCUCAACAACGGUAUAGCAGGCUUCCCCUUCGCCGGUGCAGACGUAGGCGGUUUCUUCGGUAACCCCGAGAAAGAUCUCCUCACCCGAUGGUACCAAGCUGGCGCCUUCUAUCCCUUCUUCCGUGGGCACGCACACAUCGACACCCGUCGUCGUGAGCCAUAUCUCGCAGGCGAACCCUACACAGGCAUAAUCACACAAGCCCUUCGACUCCGGUACUCUCUCCUCCCAGCCUGGUACACGGCGUUUCACGAAGCGUCCGUAGACGGGACACCCAUCAUCCGCCCCCAUUACUUCCAAUACCCAUCUGACGAGGCCGGCUUCGCGAUCGACGACCAGUUCUUCGUCGGCGGUACCGGUCUCCUCGCAAAGCCCGUUGUUACUGAGAAAGCGGAAUCAGUAGACAUCUAUCUCCCAGACGACGAACAAUAUUAUGACUACUUCACUUUCGAGAAAUAUUCCGGAAGGGGCAAACACAAUAUUGUGGCACCGUUGGAGAAAAUUCCAUUGUUGAUGCAAGGCGGCCACAUCAUCCCGCGCAAAGACCGUCCAAGACGUAGUUCAGGACUCAUGAAGUGGGAUCCCCACACUCUUGUCCUGGUCCUCGGUAAAUCAGGCCAAGCCAAAGGAGAGCUGUAUUUCGAUGAUGGCGAGACUUUCGAUUAUCAGCAGGGAGCGUACGUUCAUCGGGAAUUUGAGUUCAGGGAUGGGGUUCUGGUUAGUUCGGAUAUUGGUGUGAAUGGGAAGUUGACAGAAAAGUUCUUGAGAUGCGUCAAGUCUGUUGGGGUGGAGAAGAUCCUGAUUGUGGGCGCGCCGAAGAGCUGGGAGGGGAAAAGCAGUGUUAAGAUUGGUGGUGGAGAGGCGGGGCUGGAGUUCCAUCCUGAGGAGGGAAACAAAGCCGCGUGGGCGGUGGUGAGGGCGCCAAAGGUUGCUAUUGGUGAGGAUUGGAAGAUUGAGUUCUAG